CGGCGGGAUGGACAAAAAUUCUAACGCCACACAGUAAGAGGGACAGACGGAGGAGAGAUCCUGGUAGAAACGUCUCUGAAGGAAAGGGAGGAGAGCCAUGUUAGUCUGAAUACAGCUAGCUCUCUUAGGGUUUAAUGUCGCACUUUAAGACACGCGAACGAGAGCAAGACAGGUCCCCGGAACGAUGCUAUCGGAGGUGAAUGGCGCUUUUUGUUACCCAGUAAAUUUGAUGUAACUCUGCCUCCAGCUCGCUCGCUCGCUCGGCACCUGAACGCAAACAGCAUCUCUCCGACGACUACCAGCGAUUUCUAUGGAUAGGCGGCUCUUAAUGCGGCGUUUUAGAGCUUUGCCAAACACAGGUUCGUCUUUGAAGAGGUUCAACCGUCCCACCGGCUGUCAUGGACAACGCGACAACACGCAGCUCGAGCCUUGAUGAGGAUGACGAGCUCCACUCCACAGAUCCAGAGAGUAAAGAGAAGAGCAAAGACAAAAAGCUCCUGUGCAAAGUGAAAUGGUCCCGAGACGAGGAUGAAAAACUGAAAAAACUUGUUGAGCAGCACGGAACCGAAUCCUGGAAAUCGAUAGCUGCCUUGUUUCCGGGGAGGACAGACGGUCAGUGCCAGCACCGCUGGCAGAAGGUUCUCAACCCGGAGCUGGUGAAAGGACCCUGGACAAAAGAAGAGGACCAGAAGGUGAUCGACCUGGUGCACAAGUACGGCCCAAAGCGCUGGUCCGUGAUCGCGAAGCACCUGCAGGGGAGGAUCGGCAAACAGUGUCGCGAGCGAUGGCACAACCACCUGAACCCAGAGGUGAAGAAGUCCUCGUGGACUCAGGAGGAGGAUCGGAUCAUCUACGAAGCCCACAAGCGGCUCGGCAACCGCUGGGCAGAGAUUUCGAAGCUGCUUCCGGGCCGUACGGACAACUCCAUCAAGAACCACUGGAAUUCCACCAUGAGGAGGAAAGUGGAGCACGAGGGUUACCUGCAGGACGGCGGCAAGACCCACAGCUCCUCCGGUAACGGGAAAAGGCGCGCCGGCAGGUCGUGUCCUCCGACGGAGCCCCAGCACUGCGUGCGCAGCCCUCCGCCCGUGACGCCGUCCGCCCAGGUGGGUCGAUUUCCCUACGGUCCUGCCGGCGGACACGUGAUGGACGACCUCCAGGAAAACUCCAGCUUCACAUCUUCAUCCUGCCUGGAUGAUCCUGACAGGGAACAGAGAAUUAAGGAGCUGGAGCUGCUGCUUAUGUCAGCAGAGAGCGAGGUCCAGCGGCAAGUGCAGUGCAGAGGUUCACGUGUAAGAACACACUCCAGUGUGGAGCCAUACCCGGCCUGCUCUGACACGCUGUCUGAAGACUCGAUGACCGCCAACAGCAGCAGCAGCCUGGAGGAGCAGGCAGAGAGGGGGUCCUGGAGUUGUCCGGAGCUCCCGGCGCCUCCUCAACAGCUUCCGGUCUCUCCAAGCAAGUUCCUGGCUGCGGAGGCCAGCGCUGUGCUCUCCAGCCUUCAGACCAUCCCGGAGUUUGCAGAGACCAUGGAGCUCCUCGACUCAGACCCUGGAACAUGGAGCAGCAUGGCCAGUUUUGAUCUGUCGGACACGGCGACGCCGCCCAAGCACAGCCAAGCAGGCUUCACCGGUAUCUUCCAGGAGAGGACGGUUUAUAAUCCGAUGGGCUACACCGUCAACGAUCCCGACGCCUCCAAACCCGCCACGGGCUCCAGUGGCAGGAAGAAACGUAAAGAAAGGGGGCAGCCUCUGUGCGACAGGACCUGCUCCUCCUUCUUGGAGAAUAUCUCAAACUCUCCCAGGAGAACCCCCACCAAGCCGCAGCCGUUCACGCCGUCAGGAUUCUUCAACAUAUCGGUGACGGAGCAUCUGAACCUGGACGAUCCCACCUUGACCUCGACGCCUGUGUGCGGUCAAAGAUGCCUCCUCAACACGCCGCUCCUCAAGGAGAACACGCCCAAACGUCAGAAGGAAAACGACGGCUCCAGGACCCCUAAGCUCCGUAAAAAUGCCGCGGUCCCAACCCCACGGACCCCGACCCCCUUCAAAAAAGCUUUGGCUGCCCAGGAGAAAAUGCACGGCCCGUUGAGGAUGGAGCCGCAGCCGUUGGCGUUUCUGGAAGAGGACAUCCUAGAGGUCCUGAAGCAGGAGACGGGAAGGGACGUCUUCAACAAAGCAGACUUCCAGUCCGACCACAGAGCAUGGAAACAUGAUAUGGAUGGUCCAGUCAGAAAAGUACGCAAGUCUCUUGUACUCGACCCUUGGGUUAAAGACAGCCUUGAUGUCCAACUCUUCCAAGAGCAGCUCAACAACGGCCAGGUUUCAGAAGAAAGUCUGAUGGCAAACUCUUCGCUGGUCAUCCCGGCCACUGAGGAAGAAGAGGGUCGGCGGUCGGCCUCUGAGAGAGAAGAGUCCUUAUUAGGCGUCCAUAGUCACACCCACUCCUUCUCCAGGCCUGAGAUGAAAAAAGUUUCUUCCUCACACAGAGCACCAAGAUCCCCUCAUGCACAGGUGAGCGAAUGGGAAGCGGUGGUUUACGGGAAGACUGAGGACCAGCUGAUCAUGACAGAACAGGCCCGGCAGUAUCUGAAUCCCUACCCGUCGUCCGGCUCUACCUCGAGGGCUCUUGUCCUUUAAAGCCGUCCAGGCCUGGCGAGCAGCACUACACCCGUCCAGCACCUGAAACCGUCCACGGAGUCCCGGAGGAGACAAUCUACAUCUACGCUGCCAAGGAUGUGCACCCAAAGCCCUGACUGCUGGUACUGUUUUUAACUAAUUUCUAGGCAGCCUAGUCUUUUCUGCUCACCUAUAACUCCGCCUUCAUUAGAAACUAUAUAAAUAGGGUGUUUUGUUACUAGCGACAGCUGCUUCAGAGUGACGUAUUCUUUAAAGCAUCUUCAACACAUUUCCUGUCGUGCCUCCCUCGGCUCGUCUUAACAGCCCAGCCCCAUCGCCGUUUGAUAGAAAUCACACACAUUUGUAGCUUUUCGCUGGCUUAAUAUGUACUUAAAUCACACUACAACGCAACCUGACCAUAACCUGUCCCUUUUAUUUUAACUAAAACUACAACGAGCCGAAUGCAGCUGUGUGCGUUUCUAACAGCAGCCGUUUGAGAUGCUAUAAUUCAAGCCGGUCGGAUGAGAGGAGGAGGGAAAUGAGAAACUGUCAAAAUUGCACUACUGAGAUGGAUUUGCUGCUGAGGGAGGAGCAGUGUGUUCAGUUUUAUUUUUUAUUUAACUUUUUUUUUUAAUGAGAGGGCAAACUGGAUAGCACUUGUGAUGGUGUCUGUUUCACAAACAGCGUUUCCUAUCAGAGGCCCUGGAGUCCGUGGAGACAUCCGUUGAAUGUAUUUCAUUGCAAUGUACAUGUGAAAGAACCUCAAACGUGGAAGGGUACCUUUUUAUUAUCGUUUGCCUCGAAUUAUUUUAUUUAUUUUCUUACUCUUCUGAAGUGUAGAUGUUAAUAUAAAUUGGACACCGUGACGUUUUUUUUUCGUCUCUCUAUCUCUCUUUUUUUUUUUCUUUAUGUUUGCUGACUAAAACAGCCUAAAAAAAAAUAAAACCCAUAUUUGCUCCAAGCAUGUCACUGUUGAAAUAAACCCGAGAACAGCGCCUUUGUCAGAUGUUUGAUUGUGACGGCUGAUGCCGACAGGUUUUAAUAUCGUCCAACGUUUGGCUAAGGAGGAUCGAGUUAUUUGAAGGCUGUAGAUUUUUAUUUAUUUAAUAUCUACUAAUUUAUUUAUUUCUUUGAAAAGGAAACCUUUAAGAGAAACUAUUGAAGAAUUUUAUUGUCGUUUUUAAUAAUAAUAAUAAUAAUAAUAAUAAAAAAGAAAAGAAGCAGGACUGGGCCGCCAUUCAGUUUAAUAUCUCCAAGGUAAAAAAAAAAAAAAA